GUGCAGUCAUUUCUGCCUCCGGAAAGGCCCGUAGAUAGCCAGGCCUGUUGUUGCAUCUUCCUCCUCUUCCAGCUCCCGUGUCAGACGCAGAGGUGAAAACCAGGGCAGUGCCCCCUCCAGAGCCAGUUCCAUCGAUGGCAGCAGACAUCAUGCCAGCUCCAGAGCUGGAGGCACCUGUGGCACUGCCUCCGGUGCCACAUGCAGUGGCAGAGCCACUGCAGGCUCGAGAACUCCAGCCUCCUACUCCUGCGACGUUCGUCCCACCUCGGGAGUUGGAGACAACUCUCAAGCCACCUGCUGUCCCACCUCCAGAGGUUGCAACAUCACUGGCUGCAGAAUCACUGACAGAGCUGCCAGUAGCUCUGAGGCCACCUCUACUGCCAGAGGUUGAGGCAUUUAUGGCAUCUGAUGUGGAGCCAUCCUCCUCACCAGCAGACCCACCAUCGCCAGAGCUGGAGGCUGCUCCGUUGCCACCUCCAGAGGUGCUGCCCUUCCCAACUGAGGAGCUGGAGCCAGUUAACUCAACACCAGUAGCCUCAGUUCCACAGCAGGAAGUGGCUCCUGUGUCACCUGUCCUGCCACUUUCCCACCCAGCACCAGUGCCACCACUGGACAUAGUAUCUGUUAACUCACCGACUGUGGUCACAGCUGCAGAGCAGGAGGAAAUACUCGUGUCACCUGCAGUGCCACUGGCAGAGCUGAAUUCAGCACCAGCUCUUGAUGCACCACAAGAGCCUCCCUGCUGCUCCCGUGAGAGCCUGGAGCACGGUCUGAAGGAGGUGAAGUCCCCCCUCUCUGAGGACCCUCCCAGGCUGGUGGCUGAACAGAUGACACCAAUGCAGGUGGAAGACCAGGUCAUGCCGAGGAUCCAGCACCUCCAGGCAGAAUCCAGCGAGACCCACUUUCAACCCCUGGAGCAACUUGGGGCCUGUUUUGGAGAUGUGGAACAGCUCCGCGAGGCCGAGUGGUUGGGGAGUCAAGCUUCCCGUCAUCCCUGGAGUCACCCGGUGUCACCUCAACAUCCAGUGGCAAUACCUCGUCCUUGGCCCAUCCCAUGCCCAGGGCCCCUCUGA